AGGAGAUGAGGUUCCUGUGGCAGACAAACUCGUGACCGGGGAGCCCGGUUCCCGCUGGGUACCCCACCCGGCCUCCGGGCACCGCCUCGACGCCAAAUGCGGCCCCCCCCGGCCCUCCUGCCCGGAGCAGCGCGGCGGCCGCCGCCCGCGGCCUCCCUCUCCCUCGGCUCCGCUCGCAGGCCGGCUCCCCGCCCCGACCGCCCGCGCCUCCCGCCGCACCCGGGAGCGGGAAACGCGGCCGCCGGCGCGCGGGGCCCGGCGCAGGCCGCUCCCCUCGUGGCUGCCUCCCUCCCCCACCUCAACCGCCCCCGCCCCUCACCCCAGGGACCCGCCCGGGGCCGCGCGGCCGCCACCGGGUUACACAACCCGGCCGGCGACGGGGGGAGGGGCGGCGGCGGGCCUGGGGCGGCGGCGCCCCCGCAGUGCUGGGGGCCAGGCGACGGCCCGCGGGGAUCCCCGGCCACCCGGCUCCGCCGCGCCGAGUCCCCUCGCCACCCUUCCCCCUCCGCUCCUCCGUGGGCCGGAGUCGGUGACAGGAAUCGGCUUCCAACAUGGCGGACAGGAAGCGGCCCCGCGAGGAGGAGAGAACAUUCCAGCCGCGCCGGCUCCGGGGGAGCGGGCCCGGGGCGCCCGCCUCGGGAGGAGCCGCGGGAACAGACGGCGGGGUCUGGCUGCCAAAAGGAGCGUCUAGGGGUGGAAAGGACCCGAAAAACGAGGGGUCCCAGCCGCCCCCCCAGACGGGGAACCCCAAGGCCACAGGGCCCCCCAAAACCUGGAUUCACCCCUGUUAAUCAUCAUUUUGGAAACUGACUCAGAAGUGUUAUAACUUCAAUAGGUACUUUAAAAGGGUCAAAACACGGGAAACCAUGAUUGAAGCUCAUGUUGACGUCAAGACUAACGAUGAUCAUUUGCUUCAUCUAUUCUGGAUUAGUGUUACUGAAAAAACUCAAUAACCAGAUUCAGAAGACCCUCUUACACUCAGUACAAACAAGUCCAUCAAAUCCGGAAGAAGAUGGUGGAAAUCAUGACCCCAGAGAUGUGAACGGCUUGAAAGACGUGAUCAAUAAAUUCAUUCAGAAAGCAUUGGUAAAGACAUAGAAAAGGCUUACCAAUCUAUUUAUCCCGCGCCAUGAU